AUGGUUCACAUCGAGGAUCGGGCUGGGUCCUUUGUAGGAGACGAGAAGGUCGAUCGUGGCCUGGCUGCUGCUGCGACUGACGACGAACACAAUAUCACCCUAAUGAAAGCCUUGAAGAAAUAUCCUCAGGCUUGUUUCUGGUCAAUCGCCAUCUCCACUGCAAUCAUCAUGGAAGGAUAUGACAUUGUGCUGAUCUACUCCUUCUUUGGCCAACCAGCCUUCGUCAAGAAAUACGGCGAAUAUGACGCCGCGAGUGGAGAGUACUCUCUAUCUGCAGCCUGGCAAGCAGGCCUGGGUAACGGCACUCAGAUUGGAACAGUGAUCGGAGCCUUUCUCAACGGAUACCUCACUCACAAAUUUGGCUACCGCAAAGUCAUGAUUGCAUCUCUUAUGUCUCUACUGGCAUUCAUCUUCAUCCCCUUCUUCGCACCAACUGUUGAGGUUAUCCUUGUCGGCCAGAUUCUUUGCGGUAUCCCUUGGGGCGUCUUCGCUACCAUGGCACCCGCGUACGCAUCAGAAGUCUGCCCGACCGCUCUCCGUGGAUACCUUACAGUCUAUGUCAACCUAACUUGGGCCUUCGGUCAGCUAGUCGGCGCAGGCGUACAAUCAGGAGUCUCCGGCAUCACUACCGAAUGGGCAUACAGAAUUCCUUUUGCGAUACAAUGGGUUUGGCCGAUCCCGAUCGCUCUCCUGGCUUAUUUCGCUCCAGAAAGUCCUUGGCAUCUCAUUCGUACCGGCAACCACGAGGAGGCACUACACUCAAUCAAGAGGCUGUCUUCUUCCAAGGACGAUGGUCAACACAGAGCCCAACUCGCCAUGAUGCAACACACAAACCAGCUGGAGAUGGAUAUCAGUGCUGGAACCAGCUACUUUGACUGCUUCAAGGGCAUCGAUCGUCGUCGCACUGAGAUUGUCUGCAUGGUCUUCGCUGCUCAACCGUUCUGCGGCAGUGCCAUGGGUGGAACACCUACUUACUUCUUCAUCCAAGCCGGUCUCCCUACCUCUAUAUCCUUCAAGAUGACUGUAGGUGGUCUGGCCAUGGCAUCCGUUGGCACUAUUAUCUCCUGGAAACUACUCCACGCUUUCGGUCGCCGCACCUUGUAUCUUUGGGGCCUAGGUCUUCUGGCUCUCGUCCUCACCACAACCGGUGCCAUCAGUGCCGCAGACGCCAAAAGUGUAGGCGGCAAUUACGCACAAGCCGUCAUGAUGCUCAUGUGGCUCUUCAUCUACUACCUCACCGUCGGACCCAUCUGCUAUGCCAUUGUUGGUGAGACCUCGGCAACUCGACUCCGAAACAAAAGUGUUUGUCUGGCCAGAAUCUCAUAUUAUAUCGCGAACAUUAUUUGCGGCGCUAUCAAUCCAUACAUGCUCAACCCCACAGCAGGUAACUGGAGAGGCAAGACAGCAUUUUUCUGGGCUGGAACAUCGCUUGUCUUUUUCGUGUGGACAUUCUUCCGCCUACCUGAGUGCAAGGGCAGGACUUACGAAGAAUUGGAUGUGCUUUUCGCGAACAAGGUCAAGACUCGCGAGUUCCGCAAGUUUGACGUCAAUGUGUAUGCCGAGAACGGAGAAACUCUUGUCAAGCAGGAGUAG